CAAUGAUGCAUUCAUUUAAAUGAGACUCCUUAUGAAAACUUUAUUCAACAAGUCUAUAUGAUUGAUUACUUAGUCUAUAUCGAUCCAUUUAAGUUAUAUAUCAUCUCUUUUUGUUUUCAUCGCCUGAUCGUUGAUUUGGUUAUAUGUUGUCUAGGUCCGGUGUUUUUAGGGGCCAAGUUGUAGGUUAGUGGUUUCUUUAAAACUUUCCUUGAACUUUCAAUAUGUUGUAUAACCAAGACCGCCAACUAGUUUCGUAUUUCUUAGUUACUUAUCAGAACUAUUUUCUCGUCGUGUAAUGUUUUUUAAACAUUUUUUUUUUUGUUUUGUUACUACAAUGUUACUAUCGGUCUGUCUGUUGAAAAGUCUCGCACUCCAUCUUUUACAGUUGAUUUUAUUCUAAACAAAUAACACUGUACAUGCAUGUACUCUUUUGGCUUUUGUUGCUCUGCAUAUCUCGAGGUAAGUAUUUUUUUUUCUCGCAACUCGUGUGGCACGAAGUCGUGAGCUAUGACUUUAGACAAAUUUUAACUACAAUAACUAAUGGAUAUUGAUGACUGAUGAGAAAAUUCAACUAAAGGCAUUAUGAUAGUAGAGUACUAUACGUUCAACGUUCCGACUCUGUUCAUUACAUUUAACAUAUGGUUUGGUGCUCAAACCGGUAAUUUAAGUUUAGUUUGGAUUGGAUUGGAUCGGUUUUUGGUAAAUCAGAACUGAACAUCGUAACAUUAAAUUAAAUAUACGUUUCUCUCCACGUAGUUCUGACUAUUCUAAUGUUGAAUCCAUUAGCUGGAAAAAAAAAAGAUCUAACGUUUUAAACAAUGAAUUUAGACUUCGGACAAGGUUUUAAAAUUGAAUUAGGAAAAGAUAAAACACCACGUCUUGAUGUGGACGGAGAAUAAAAGAUGGUACGGGUUUGUAGCAGCCACAUGCGAAAUAGUAUCCGUCAAUAAUCUUAUACUGAAAUAUUUCUUUCAAGCUACGUAUUGGAAAAAAGUAGAAGUUAUAUAGGACUUGUAAUGGUACAACAUACUGGAUUUUUUUUCCUUUGGUCCAGUGAUGUUCCGAGCUUGGAUCCAGAACUAUAUGCCAUACAAGUUAGUAUGGAUACUGUAGUUCAGUAUUAGUAACUGCAAAGGAUGAAACUCCUACGAACGAUAAGAAAGAAACUUUCAAAAUAAAAUAAAUAAUAAUAUUGGCUAGCUAGAAAAUCAAUAAUACGUACAAGAACCUCCACCGCAAUCUUUUCGCACUGACAAAGUCUACACAUUUUUCAAUAAGAGUAGAGAUAUUUUAUAAUCUAUAAAAAGGUUGAAAUCCACGUUUCCAAACAAUUAAAAACGACGCCGUCGUCUGCACAGAAGCCACGCACGCAUAAGAUAAAAAGCUCACCGCUCCUCCUUGAAAUUUCUCACUUGCCUUAGCCAGCAGCGAAGUGAAAGGAAACAAAGUUCUCUCUUCUCUCUUCUCUCUUCUCUCUUACUUUUCAUCUCAAAAUACGAAAAUAUAUGUUUUUUAGAAGAAAAUAUCAAGUUUUAUGUAUAUUACAAAAAGCGUAGUCUCGAGUAAGAACAAUAUGUCGAUAAGACGUAUCUAUCCAUGCCUUAAUGUUCUCAUCAAAAGAUCAUGUCCUUUCUUUCUUUGAUCUAUCACCAGACCACAACACAAAAUCUUUCUUUUUUCUUUUUUCUUCUCUCUCUCUCUCUCUCUCUUUUUCUUUCUCUAGCUUCUAUUGUAACGAUCAAAAAUCAAGAAUGGUACGGACACCGUGUUGCAGAGCAGAAGGGUUGAAGAAAGGAGCAUGGACUCAAGAAGAAGACCAAAAGCUCAUUGCAUACGUUCAACAUCACGGUGAAGGAGGUUGGCGAACCCUUCCCGACAAAGCUGGACUCAAAAGAUGUGGAAAAAGCUGCAGAUUGAGAUGGGCCAAUUACCUUAGACCUGACAUUAAGCGUGGUGAGUUUAGCCAAGAGGAGGAAGAUUCCAUCAUUAAUCUCCAUGCCAUUCAUGGCAACAAAUGGUCAGCCAUAGCUCGUCGAUUACCAGGAAGAACAGACAACGAGAUCAAGAACCACUGGAACACUCACAUCAAGAAACGUCUUAUAAAGAAAGGCAUCGAUCCCUUGACCCACAAAUCACUUGACCAAUCCGAGACAUUACCGGAUAAAAGCAUCGGUCAUCAGGAGGAUGAUGAUCAGAAGUCAAACAAUAAAAAGUCCUUAGGGCCAUCAUCAGCUCGGUUCCUGAACAGAGUAGCAAACAGAUUUGGUAAGAGACUCGACCACAGUGCUCUGUCUGAUAUUAUUGGAAGUGGUGGCCCAUUUACUGGUCACACUACUCCAACUACUAGUGCUUCUGAAUGUGAGAAGUCAAUAAGUUCUCUCUCCACACCAAACUCUUCGAAUCUCCACAUGAUCCACGAUGCAACAUCUUUGUCCUCGUCUACGUUCUCUAACGAUACCUCCGCUCAGUUAGUGUACGACAAUAUAUUUGAUGACAUAGAAGAUAUGACGGGAUUUUCAUCAAAAAUUUUGAAUGAUAUUGUUUCUCAUGAUGAUGAAGAUUUCUUGAUGUUGGAUGAAUCUUCUUCAGACAAUACUUUGUUCAUGAAGGAACUUACAAUGUUUCUUCAAGGGGAUAAAACUGAGACGAUGUCGCUUAAUGAUAGCCACCUGGCGCCCAUCAAUGUUGUUGAUGACUACUCCUUUGAAGGGAUUGACAACUGGUUUGGAUAAAGUAUAUGUACAUAAAUAUUCAGAUGUUUAAAAAAUGCUUGAGAUAUUAGUUUCCUGCGGGAUUGACAGUCCACAUUUUAUGAUGAUGAUGAUGAAAAUAUGCAAGUAUAUCAAUUAGAAUUUGAUUUUGCUGAGUUUAAAAAAAAAUAUUUUGAGUGAGUUUCUAAAAUGAUUGUGAUGUUUGUUUUGUAAGAAAUUUCAAAUCAAUAAAAAGUUAUGUAUGUUAUAAACUCUAUAAAUUAAUAGUCGAUAAAUUAAUAAACACCAUAAAUUAAUAAAAUUUUCUGGUUCGAAGUUGGAUCGGUUCAAAUAUGACACAAAUCGAUUAAAUAAUAAGAUAAUAAUAUUACAGAAAAUCCUAUGUAAAUAUAUGGUUCCAUUAAAAUUAUAAGUUAAUAAUUUAUUUUAUAUAAGUACAUACCAACCAUAAUAUUAUUUGUUUUAUAUUCACAAUAAAAUUAUCUUUAUAUUUUCUUAACUUUUACUAUAUUUUGAUGAGAUUUAGUAAAAUUAUAUCUAAAACCACAUUUGACUUUUAUGAAAAAUAUUUUAUGCACACCAAAUAAUAAUAAAACUAAUAAAAUGUCAAACUUCAAAAAAUUAAUAUAUAUAUAUAUAUAUUAAAAUCAAAUAUAUAAUCAUAUAAAUUAAUAAAUCCAUAAAUUAAUAAAAUAUUAUUAAUUUAUAGAUUUUUUACUGUAUAUGGUAUUGUGUUUUAAUCGGAAGAAACAAUCUCUGAUAUAUAUUAACAACUAACUAACAAACGAACAAAUUAUUUACAGAUAUUAGAUUGUUAAGUUCAUUUAACUCUCUGGGAGAUAUCGUUUAGUUCUUUUUAGGUUUAGUAUGCAUAAUGUUCCAUUCACUACUAUUGCUGUGAUGAAUAGUGAGUGGACUAUGAAUAGUGGAGUGGACUAACUAGCUAACUGCUACAAGAAGCAGGUGAGAUUCAUGAUAAUUUAUAUAUUAUUCUUUCUGUUCCACUUAUGUAUUAUUUUUCAACCGGUUUUCAUUUAAUUGACAAUGAAUAUAAUAUUAAUUAUAUUAUAUUAUCGCAAGAUGACAAAGUUUAAAUAUAAAUUAUGUUCAUGUACAUGUUUUAAUUAAGCGGAAACGGUUGCAAAAUAAUAAUUUUAAAUUAAGCUAAAUAAUUAAUGCAGCAUAUAUAUAUAUUUGCGGUUUGGAUUUUCAUAUAAUUGCGGUUGCACUUGCACCCAGACCCUAUACUCGUGCAGGGGCGAAUUUAGACUUUUUAAGUACUGGGUGUACUAUUGCAAGUAAAAGAUAAAAAAAUGCAUUUGGCAAGCAUCGAACCUAAGAAAGCGGGGGUGCAUAUGCGCCCUUUUACCGUAGUGGCUACC